UUUCUUGUAUUUAGUAAAGUCAAAACCCUAACUUUUAGUUAGGGGUUUGUUAAAAGACAGUUUAGAGUUCUUUUUUGUGUCUUUUUGCCUCCCCUGUGUUGCUGAGAACAUCAAACACCCUGCUUGCAAUUUUUUAAAGGUGACUCAAUUUGGGUUAUCCUGUGAUCUAGUUGGAGAUGUCACAGAAUACGAAACACCACCAGCAUGACACAGGGAGAUUCAGUGCCAUGGGUGUGAAGCAGGAAGUGAAUGAUCAUGCAACUAGUCACAGAGGUGUCCAUCAUCCUCCAGAAUCAGCACACGAGGAGAAUACUGUGGCGAUGUCAUCAGUUCAGCCAGUGAAAAAGCGUGGCUGGCCUAAGGGAAAGAAGAGGAAGAAGGUGCUGCCCAAUGGCCCCAAGGCUCCUGUCACAGGCUACGUGCGCUUCCUGAAUGAACGACGGGAACAGAUCCGUGCCUUGCACCCUGACCUGCCCUUCCCAGAGAUCACAAAAAGACUCGGCGCAGAGUGGAGCCGAUUGGCUCCUCAUGACAAGCAGCGCUUCCUGGAUGAGGCUGAGCGGGAGAAAGUGCAGUAUGCCCGAGAACUACGAGAAUACCAGCAGAGUGAAGCUUACCAGAUAACCACAGCAAAAGUCCAGGACAAGAAGAUAAAGAGAGAGGAGUUAUCAUCAGUAAUAAUCAACAGCUCCGGACAAACAGGGUUAAAGUCUUCAGAUUUUUCCAAUGGAUUUGAUAUACCCAUUUUCACAGAGGAGUUUUUGGACCAAAAUAAGGCCCGCGAGGCGGAGCUGCGACGGCUGCGGAAGGCUAACGUGGAGUUCGAGGAGCAGAACGCAGUGCUGCAGAAGCACAUCGCCAACAUGUACAGCGCUAAGGAGCGGCUCGAGGCCGAGCUGGGCCAGGACGAGCAGCGCACCCAGGCUCUGCAGAGGCACCUGCUGGGCCUCAAACAGACGCUCGUCAGCAGCCUCUCUGGCGUGCCCCUCCCAGGUACAGGUGAGACGCCCUCAAUCAGCACCCUGGACUCCUACCUGAGUCGUCUGAGUAAUGUGCUGGAGAACAGCCCCAAUGAGCAUCGUGCCUUAUUGGUAAAGCUACAGGAAGUCCUCGCCCAUUUAGAUAGUGAGAAGAUGUGAGAUGACUUGCCAGGUUAGUUGGUGGUCUACAGGUCAUAUGUGAUUUGAUUAAACAUGGUAAAUAUGAUGUCCAUGUCAAUGUUUUUUGAAGGGUUUGAUAAAUUGUGUAUAUGAUAUUUCAUGCUGUCAUUACUGUCUCCACUAAAGGAAAUAUGAAAUGAUUCAGAGUCUUGUUAACAAAUUAUGUCAUACUGCUGAUUUUUUUUGUUAUGUAUAUGCAAGAUUAAGUUUUGGUUCCAAUAAAAAUCCUCUCAAGUUU